GUGUGUGUACAUAUAGUACAAGGUGAACGCAUGGGUCUUUCUUGCUUUUAUGCUUCAUUAUUAGGAAUACCUCUUAUUUUUAUUAUAUUUAUAGUAGGAGUAGCGGCAGUAAUAACUUUAUCCUCUCUUCAACUUUCUCAAUGCAAGAAGUAAGAAAAGGAGUGCUCUACUUAUAAAUACCAAAAAUCACUUUGAUUAAAAAUCCCAUCCUCGUGAUCAAAAAGGGUUUUUACAUAUUUAAUUGAUUAAGUUGUAAUUUAAUUAAUCAAAGGUUCAGCUCUAGCCAGACAAAUAAUUUACCAAAAAAAGGAGCAAGGAAUGGCAUGGUCAAAUUUGCUAAAACUAGUGAAUGGAGGAGAAGCACAAAACUUAAGUUUGUUAAGUUGGUUUUUUUUUUUUUUCGUUUGUUUGUUCUAAUGGAGUUUACAUGGGUUUGGAGGCUUACUUGGGCAGGAAGAGAGAGAAGCUAAUUGGGUUAGCUUCUUUCUACCUUCAUUUUUGUUUUCUUUCUUUCAUUCUUCUUCUUCUUCUUCUUCUUCUUCUUCUUUUACCUUUUUCCUCAACUCAACAAAAAAAUUACCAGUUACCUUGGGGCUGGGAGGUAGACAGUAUUGGCGGUUCCAAUUCAUUGGCAUCAAACAGAUUGUAACUUAUAAUUCUUUUUCCUUUUGUUUUUCCUGACUUUUUGCAUUGUAAACUUUUGCUAAAUGGCUCUAGUUCCUUCUGAAGAGUCCAUUUCACUCGUAAAUGCCACAGCUGUAGCUAUUGACAAGGAUAAAAAUAGCCAACAUGCUGUUCGAUGGGCUAUUGAUCAUCUUAUAAUCAAUAAUCCUGUUAUCAUCCUUGUUCAUGUGAGACACAAGAACCACCAACAUCAUACUAACAAUGGGAUUGAUGCUGAUUCCGAUGAGGUGCAACAACUUUUCGUUCCCUUUCGUGGAUAUUGUGCUCGUAAAGGGGUACAGUUAAAGGAAAUUAUACUAGAGGAUAAUGAUGUUGCACGAGCACUUCUAGAUUAUAUCAGCAAAAACUUUCUCGGGAGUAUUGCUGUUGGUGCUUCAACACGAAAUGCUUUUACCAGGAAAUUCAAGAACCAAGAUGUACCGAGUAGCUUAAUAAAGUCUACACCAGAUUUCUGUUCUGUUUAUGUAAUUUCAAAAGGAAAGAUAGCGUCUGUGCGAACAGCGCAACGACCUGCUAAUAAUCCUCCUAAUCCACCAAAGGUACCUAAUAUGCUAGCUCUUCCAGCUCCAACCCCACAUGAUCAUUCUGAUCAUUAUGAUGAUGGAAUCAGAGGACAUUCUGUGAGAGGAUAUUACAAAAAUCAAGGAUCAGAAAGAUUUCCUUAUGAAAGAAGCAAUGAUCCCAUGAGAGGGCAAUUUAUUCGCGACAGAACCAGAACUCCAUCCAAUCUUUCAAUGGAUAGCAUUGACAUUUCUUUCCCAGGAGGAGCAGCGCCAAGAAUCUCAACUAGCCGAGUUUCUACAUCUGAGGAUCAUGAUUUCUCAUCUCCAUUUGCGCUAGGAUCUAUAGACAUUUCAUCCCAGAAUCCAGACUUUUCUCUCGGGUCGCCCAAGGAUCUGGCUGCCUCACAAGCUGCACGAGACAUUGAAGCCGAGAUGAGAAGACUGAGGCUUGAACUUAAGCAGACCAUAGAUAUGUAUAGCGCAGCUUGCAGAGAAGCACUCACAGCAAAAAAGAAGGCUAAUGAGCUACAUCAAUGGAAAAUGGAGGAGGCUCGCCGGUUUGAGGAAGCUAGGCUUGCUGAAGAGGCAGCUCUUGCAAUUGCAGAAAUGGAAAAGGCCAAGUGCAAAGCUGCUAUGGAAGCAGCUGAGAAAGCACAAAGGCUAGCAGAAAUGGAAGCACAGAAAAGAAAAUAUGCAGAGUUGAAAGCUAAGCGAGAGGCAGAAGAGAAAAACCGUGCAUUGACUGCUUUGGCACAUAAUGAUGUUCGAUACAGAAAAUACACAAUUGAGGAAAUAGAAGACGCUACAGAAAAAUUCUCACAAUCAAAUAAAAUUGGUGAAGGUGGAUAUGGACCUGUGUAUAAAGGCACACUUGACCAUACAGCAGUUGCUAUCAAAGUUUUAAGACCUGAUGCUGCUCAAGGGAAGAAGCAAUUCCAACAAGAGGUCGAGGUUCUGAGCUGCAUUAGACAUCCACACAUGGUGCUUCUUCUUGGUGCCUGUCCAGAGUAUGGGUGCUUGGUUUAUGAAUACAUGGACAAUGGUAGCUUGGAAGAUAGGUUGCUUCGAAGAGACAACACACCUCCUAUUUCAUGGAGAAGAAGAUUUAAGAUUGCAGCAGAGAUCUCAACUGCGCUUCUAUUCCUACACCAAGCAAAGCCUGAGCCUUUGGUCCACCGUGAUCUCAAGCCAGCCAACAUCCUCUUAGACCGUAACUAUGUGAGCAAGAUCAGUGAUGUUGGGUUAGCACGGUUAGUCCCGCCAUCUGUAGCUGAUUCUGUUACACAAUAUCACAUGACUUCAGCUGCAGGUACAUUUUGUUACAUAGAUCCUGAGUAUCAGCAAACUGGGAUGCUAACUACGCGAUCAGAUAUAUACUCACUGGGGAUCUUGUUGCUUCAAAUUAUCACUGCCAAGCCUCCAAUGGGCCUUGCUCACCAUGUAGGGAAGGCUAUUGAAAGAGGAACGUUUGAAGAGAUGCUCGACCCCUCAGUGGUAGACUGGCCAGUUGAAGAGGCGUUAAACUUUGCUAAGUUGGCAUUGAAGUGUGCUGAACUAAGAAAGAAGGACAGGCCUAAUCUUCUAACUGUUAUAGUGCCAGAGCUUAGCAGGAUGAGAGAUCUCGGGAAGAAUGUUGAUCCACUUGGAAAUAGUGAUCGUCCUCGAAAUUAUGCUCACAUUAAUAGAAAUCGUGGUCGCAGCCCUUUACUACAUUCUUCCCCAGCUGCACAUCUAAUGACAUCAAACGAAAUGGUAUGUAGAACGCCUGACUCAGCAGCAUUAUCUAAUACAAGAGAAGAUGAAAGUGGUAAAGGUUCAGGAUGACCAA